AUGGAGCAAAGGGCCACUUACAUGUUGGUCGUUGUGGGAGCGGGCGGGGUGGGCAAGUCCGCAAUUGUCUUGCAACUCGUUGACAACCACUUUGUGGACGAAUAUGAUCCCUCACUAGAGCACUCCUACACUAAGCAGCUCCAUAUCGACUAUGAGCUAUGCACACUCGACAUACUUGACAUUGCUGGCCAAGACGAGUACAGAUUCCAGUACAGAAGCUGUGACGGCGCGUUGUGUGUCUACGACAUGACCUCCCGCGACUCGUUUGACGAGGUGGCGCGGUUCAGGGACGAGGUCUUGCACGCGCAGAACACCGCCACUGUGCCCACGGUGCUGGUGGCGAACAAGUGCGAUCUGGCCGACACCAAGCGCGUGGUGGCGGCCCGGGAAGGCGCCCGGCUGGCCGAGUCCUGGGGCGGCUGCAGAUUCCUGGAGUCGUCGGCCAAGUCGCGCAUCAACAUCGACGAGGCCUUCAUCGAGCUGGUGCGCGCCAUCCGAGCCGCACCGGGCCACGCCAACGGAGGCCGCAGGCGCGGCGGCCGCGCCAAGAGUGGUCGGUCUCGAGGGUGCAUCUGCUCUUGA